AUAGCCGAUUAGAUUUCAUCACCAUCGAAGGCGGUUGUAAGUCCGAGCCCCUGACGACGACCAAUUCAAGGCCGAGGCAGAACACGUCGAGAACACUUCGAGAACACGGCGAGAGAUACGGAGAGUGAGAGGUCUUUCAAAGUUGCAAUCGUUAUGCACGAGGGAGAAAGAACGGACGACAUGUACAGGCUCAAGAGUGUGAUAGUUGGUCGAUCUGUGCUAAGCGCCUGCUUGAUAUUUUUGACAUUGAUGGGAUCAUGUUUUGCUGGGGACUUCCACGACGACUUCACCGUUGUGUGGUCUCGAGAGAAUGUGAUAGUGGAUGAUGCUUCCAGGACGGUGAAGCUCUCUAUGAAUGAAGUUGCAGGUGCUUCUCUGGCAAGCAGUGACGCAUUUCUGUUCGGAUCAUUCAGUGUCAAGCUGAAACUGAUCAAAGGCGACUCGGCGGGCACAGUGUGCUCCUUCUAUCUCACAUCUUACGGCAGCAAUCACGAUGAGAUCGACUUCGAAUUCUUGGGAAACGAAACGGGCCAGCCGUAUGUGGUGCAUACGAAUUUAUUUUCCAACGGCGUGGGAGGACGAGAACAGCGCAUGUUCCUCUGGUUCGAUCCGACAGAAAGCUUCCACACCUACUCCGUUAUCUGGAAUCAUCACCAAAUACUAUGGACGGUUGACGACACGCCCAUCAGACUUCAUAGAAACAUGGAGAGUGUCGAUUCUGGCUCUUACCCACACAAGCAACCCAUGGUUGUUGCUGCAAGUAUCUUCGAUGCCAGCACGUGGGCCACUCGUGGCGGGGCUGUCCCGACCAAGUGGGAACACUCUCCAUUCGUGGUCGACUACAAAGACUUCACAUUUCAGGGUUGCAAGAGUUCCGAUAACGCCAUGUCCACGUGCACGAGUAACUAUCAGAGCAACUGGUGGGAGACUCCUCAAUUCCAGACUCUGGACACCAACAUGACAAGCCAACUUCGAACGAUCCACCAUAACUACAUGGUGUAUGAUUACUGCCUUGAUCAGAGGAGGUAUCCGAUCCCACCCAAAGAGUGCUCCUACAAUCAAGUCUGAUAUCGAUGGGUAGAACUUUGGUCUGAACGAAAUAUGGACUCAGGACGAAAAAUAGCUUGAGUCAGGAUGAAGGAGGAGCCAGAUGACAACUGUAGCUAGGAACUUAAGAGAGAGAUGAUGUAUUCGGCCAUUUUUAGCUAGAUUUUUCUGAAAACUCACUUUGACAAUGUCACAAUUCCAGUGUGAUGGGACUAGUGUGUGAUGCAUGUACAUAACUUCACAGGUGGAACAAAGCAUUUGUCGUGGGUGAGUCAUGGAUGCACAUGUGCCUAUAAGUAGUAGUAGGUGUUAUAGAAUUAUCCUCGACUGCACCUAUAAUCCAGUUGUUAUUUUACUUCCACGUGGAAGUAAAGUAACAACGAGUUUUCGGUGUCCAGCGGGAAGUAUUAAAAAAAAUUUUCCUUUAUUUCAAUGUCUCACUCAAUACACAUUACGAAUAGAAUAUAUGUAUGAACACGAGUUUGUUGUUCGAAUUUUCAAAUUCAUUUCAGUUUUAACCUUCG